AGAUUGAUAAAUUAAACGUGGCCAAGAAAACGGCAGAUAUUUUCUUCAUUGAUUAUGGUAACUGUGAGGAGGUUUCACAGGAGCAUUUGGCACCUUUACCAUCGGCUGAUUACUCAAUAAACAGUUUCCCGGCUGCAGCGACAUUAUAUGGAUUGGCGUUCAUGACAUUACCAAGUAAUGACAGUGAAGCUUUGGCCGAUGCGAAAGGAGCUUUCGAGAACAAUAUAAUUGGCAAAGAGUUUUAUGUGAAGAAAGAGUAUGCGGACAGUGUGAACGGAGUACCUGUGGAGAUGGUCAGUCUAAUUGAUGUGGAAAGUAAAGAAAACGGUUGCGUCAAUUUAGUAAAACAAGGUUACUUUAUGGUGAAGAAUAGUAUUCGUGAGAGGAGGAAAGACACCAAGUUCAACAAGAGUUUAUCGACAUUCAAAAGCGCUCAAGAAGAGGCGAAAAGAAGAGACUAG